CUCUGUCUAUCAAUCAGAAUCCAAACGUCAUUAGCUAACAAAUUUUGCAGUCUUCACUCGCUUAAUGUCGACGGCGAGAAUUCAAUCGAUGCCAGCGGCGGCCGUAGCUGCAGCGACUUGUGCUUUCUCUUGUACAAUGAUGAAGCAUCAUCACCUUCGUUUUCCUCGAAACAACGCCGUUUUGAGAGGGCGCAACCGAGCAAGAAAAAUUGCAAUGUCUGCUGUUUCGGAUCCUCUAGAAGUCUGUGUCAAAGCUUCUAUUACUGUUCCCAACAAACUUGGCGACUGCCCAUUUUGCCAAAGAGUGUUGUUGACUAUGGAGGAAAAGCAUGUCCCUUACGAAAUGAAGUUGGUUGAUUUGUCCAACAAGCCAGAAUGGUUCUUGAAAAUAAGCCCGGAAGGUAAAGUUCCUGUGAUAAAAUUUGAAGAGAAGUGGGUCCCGGAUUCAGAUUUUAUUACACAGUCACUAGAAGAAAAGUUUCCAGAUCCCCCACUAGGAAUCCCACCAGAAAAGGCUUCAGUUGGCUCGAAGAUCUUCUCCACAUUUAUUGGUUUUCUUAAAAGCAAAGAUGCCAGUGAUGGGACAGAGCAGGCAUUACUCAAUGAGCUAAGCGCUUUCAAUGAUUAUAUUAAAGAAAAUGGCCCUUAUAUUAAUGGAGAAAAAGUUUCUGCUGCUGAUUUGGCUCUUGGACCAAAGCUGUACCAUCUGGAGGUAGCUUUGGGGCAUUAUAAGAAUUGGACGAUUCCAGAGUCACUCCCCUAUUUCAGAUCUUACAUGAAGGCUAUUUUCUCACUGGAUUCCUUCAUUAAAACACGGGCUCUCCCAGAAGAUGUCAUUGCCGGUUGGCGCCCAAAAGUCAUGGGGUAAUGUUUCUCCACUGCCACUUUAGUCUGAGAAAAUCUCCUGGUACCUACCCCUAUUUCUUAAGUAGAUUGAUGAAGCUAGAUCAGAUCCUAUGUAUGCUCAAAACUAUAUGUGAAGUUGCCCCCUUUUUGUUAGGUGGCAUUUAUCCCCGCAAAUUUCAAAUGCUAAUGAGAAAUUUCCCGAUAGUUAUGUAUCAUGUGUGUGUCAGUAAAUGAUGUACAGGCUUUAAUGAUGCUUUUGCAUCUUUAGCAUAGUUGCCCUAAUGUUCUCCUAGUA